AUGAUUGCUGCAGCCCUUCGUACAGCCGCCCGCCCCGUCGCCUCGCGCGCGGUGGUCACCGCGACUCCCCGAGUUGCGAUUGCCCUCCGGGCUGCCGCUCCGGUGCCAUUCGCAAGCAUCUUCCGUAGGACGUACGCCAGCGGUGGCGGGCUCAGCACUGCGGACAUUCAGAGCAGGAUUGUCGAGGUUCUCAAGAGCUUUGAGAAGGUUGACCCUGCCAAGGUCACUGCCACUUCGUCCUUCACAAACGACCUCGGACUCGACAGCCUGGACGCUGUCGAAGUCGUCAUGGCCAUCGAAGAGGAAUUCUCAAUUGAGAUUCCGGACGAGGAAGCUGACAACAUUGCAACAGUGCAGCAAGCGAUUGACUACAUCGCAAAGUCUCCAGAAGCCGAGGACAUGGUCGUCCGACCCAAGUGCCAUGUCCGCUUUCUCCCGCGCAAUGCCGACUCAUGCAGUAAUCUGGUUGCAUCGGAAGGUGCUGCCCAGCAGGUUGGUUCCUCACGGUGUACUGAACGCGCGGAAGUGAUUGAGGCCACACCAAAGACAUGGAUACCUUUGGCUGAGUGCGAUGCUCACUUUCCAUUGCGGGCCUGGUGGAUCACCAUGCUGGAACUCGCAAGACAUCCUGAACGCAAUUCAACAUACAUUCUGCGCGCCGACAUUGUUUCGGAAGAUGAUGCAGGCACCAGCAGGCUGCGCGCCGAAGUUGGCGCAGAUCACGAGCGUGACGAACAGGAGGCAGAGCUGUGCAGCGGAGAGCCAUUAAUCCCAGUGUAUCAAUGGCAGAAGACGAUCAUUCGACGGCUUCUUCCUCGGAAUCCGAAUAUCGACAGACACCUCGACCAAUCUUGCACUUUUCUCAGAAGACGACGUUGUCAGCUCCGGGGGGCUCACAACGAGGGGUCUGCCGAUCCUAUUGCAGAUGGGACCAAGGAUCCACCCCUUGAAGAUGGCCUCGUAAUCUACACACCAUUGGUCGAUAGCCAGGAAACAGACCCAGAAGCGCAAAUCCCUUUCUACCACCCAAAAGUCAAGGCGCUGGCAUACCAUUACAUCGCUGACCAUAAACGAGCCGACGCGGCGAAGUAUGGGACGUUGCGCUUAGAGGUUCAGCUUUUUCCCCAAACCUCCGCAACCUUGUCGUCACCACUGGAUUCACCAGCCCUACCGCUCGAUCAUAGGCUCAUGCGAACGGCGAAAUCGCUUCUCGAAACGCAGCACAAGCAUUCAUUCGGCAGCGCCAAUUCGUACCAGAAGCGCGUGCACCAUGAUGUGGUCGUGCCGCGCGAUGCCUUUCAAGACACAUACGUCCGGCUCAAGGUUAAGUACGCCUUUGAGCUGACGCAAGGUUGGCAAGAGCGCACGGAUCCGCAGAAGCACGUAUUUGAAGACUUAGGCAUCGCUGCAUUUCUGAUUGAGCUCUGGCGCGACACUUACGAGCAGCAUGGAGGUGUGCCCCCCGGGGGGUUCGUCGACAUUGGCUGUGGGAACGGUCUAUUGGUACACAUCCUGCGCAGGGAAGGCUUUCCUGGCUACGGUAUAGACUUAAGAGCGCGCAAGUCAUGGCCGGCAUACGAGACUAGGGGCGGAGGAAAGGACCUGCGCCUCGUCUCACUUUAUGCGCCUGGUAUUGUAGCAUCCGACGACGGGAAAUGCAAUCCGGGCGAGUUCCUCGCCUUUCCGCAAGAUUCGUUCCUCAUUGGCAAUCACGCCGAUGAGCUUACGCCGUACCUCCCCUUGCUGGCAACCGUCACGCCUGGUGAGAAUGUUGGUUUCAUCAACAUUCCCUGUUGUCCUUGGCAGCUGGACGGCACCCGCUUCGGGCGAACAAAGUUUGAAGUCACAGAGGAGCAAAUUGCUUCACUGCUCCCAGCGCCCUUUGCCUCGUCCGCCCAGCGAGCACAGAUACUGCAGAAGACAUUGCACAACAUCAGGCUGGGGCCUGUGCAGCCGCAUAUGUCACUUCCGCAUCUCGCCGCACAGUCCUCAACGCGCAACUCGGCCUAUCUCAACUAUAUCGGCUUGCUGCAGCUGCAAGCGGGAUGGCACGUGGAGAAGGAGGCGCUGCGGAUACCCAGCACGAAAAAUUGGUGCUUGAUCGGCCGCAGGAGAGUAUGGCAGCAAACGCCAACGACUUUUGGCGCCGCAACCAUGAACGGCGUGGCAAGUGCAAAGGCGAAGCAGCAAGGAACGAGCACACAUGUGGAGAGGGCUGUACGGGAAUUACAGCACGAGGUACGUGAACGAGUGCGCCAGUUAGCAAUGGACGCCGCACCAGGUUGGAAAGCGCGUACGCCAGAGGGAAACGCCGGACACGCUGCGCAGGAGCAAGAGUGAAAACGUACUUUCCUGUAUUCUAGAUACCACCUCUUCUGGUCGAAGACUUGAUGAGAGAAAUCACGUAUUGGCUAU